UGUGUCUUACUGUGGAUUUUGAGUGUAGGUUUAUUAGGAGUAGUAUUAUUUGGUAUGCAUGGUUAUAGAAAUGAAUUGUCUUCGAACGAAACUAUAAUUUUACUUCACAAAUGUGUUUCUCCGUUUGCUUGGACUGCUGGUUUGGCUUGGUUUUGUGUUGCCUGCAUUACUGGAAAUGGUGGUAUUGUGAAUUCGUUUCUAUCUGCAAAUGUGUUUAUUAAAUUGAACCGUCUGUCAGUGUGGCUGUACAUGCUUCAUCCAGUUGUUGUCCUUUACGUUUACGGACAACUUAGAAAUACACUGGCCUUCACCGAAUUAAAUUUGUGGAUUAUGUUUUCCUUUAUGGUGUUUCUUUCCUUAAUAUUAUCGACUCUUUUUUACGUAUUUUUGCAAUCACCGUUCAUCGCUGCUUUGAAAAUGUACGAGUGGAGCUUUUAUAAGAAUGAAAAUCCAGGAAAAUUAGGAAAGACUUCUAAAUUAGAUACAUUGUCUGUUCGACUGUAAAAGGACAACGAUAAAAUUACGAUACAUAUGUAACAUUUAAUGUGAAUAAAUUACAUUUGUAAU